AUUUGGCAUGGGGCAAAAGGCACGCUGGACCGAGCAGAGGCCUGAAUAUGCUUCUUUGAAGCCAUAUUCCCCACGCGAGGACUUUGUCAGACAGCAUGGCGGGAGCUGGACCUGGGCGUGGCAAGCCCCUGUAGGAGCACAGGGCAGCCCUGGAGGCCCAGAGCCUGCCCUGGCAGUUCCGCAGGUUGGCUGAGGAGGAGAUGGCCUGGGUGCAGAAGAAGCUGCCCCUGGUAGACACCCAGGAUGACAGCCAGAGCCUGAGCAACCUGUGGCACCUGCAGGAGAAGCACCAGAACCUGGAGCGUGAGACGAGCAGCCACGAGGCGCUGAUCCAGGCCGUGGUGGACACAGGGCACAAGCUGGUGCAGACCGGGCACGUUGCCACCCAUCACACGGCUGCCCAGGUGCAGCAGCUGGAGGACGCCGUGGGCCACCUGUGGGCAGGGGCGGCGUGGCAACGGCAGCGGCUGCAGCAGGCUUGGGAAGCCCAGCAGUUCCUGAUGGAGCUCCUGGAGGCAGAGUCCCGGCUGGCAGAACAGGGCUGUUUCCUGGGCGUCGAGAACAUGGGCCAGAGUGCUGAGGCCACCCAGGCCUGUCUGUGGCAACUGGAGGCCACCAGGAGAGACCUGGAGGGAUUUGGCAGACAGCAGCCCUGUCGGAGGGCAGGUGGAACCCAGAAAGCCCCGAGGUGCUUGCCAGGGUGAGGCCGUGAGGGAGGCGCACUUGGGGCGGCUGCAGAGAGUGGACGGCAGCGGCAGUGCCUGCGGGAGCAGCUGCAGCUCCAUCAGCUGAGCGAGAGGCCCUGCUUGUUGAAGCCUGGCUGGCCAGCAAGGCCGCCACUGCUGAGUCUCAGGACUGUGGACAGGACCUGGAGGCCAUCACGGUGAGUCAGCCCUGAGCAAACUUGGGGGAGAGUGCGCUGAGGCUGUGAAAGGGAAAAGAGGUGUGCCUCUGGGGAGGAGAGGGUGUGAGCGGAAAGGGAAUGAGGACCCCUAGGCUCUGGGAGACCCUCCAGUUCUAGAGCCUGAGCCCAGGACGUCAGGACUCUCGGUGCCAAGCCCUGUGCGAGCUUCCAGAGCCGCCCGACACCAUCUCCAGAGUGACCCAGCCUCUGCCCUGGCAGGUGCUGGAAGAGAAGUUCAGUGCCUUCAGAGAGGAAGCCCAGGCCCCCGCAGACCCGCCCAGUGUGUGUGUGUACAUGUGUGUGUGUGUGUGUAAGUGUGCGAGGAGGUGGCUGCCUCUAACUCCCAGCACCGAGCAGGUCAGGAGUCUCGAAGCCGCCUUCCUCCUGCCUCCUCCAUGGUCCCUGCUAGUGCAGUUCGCGCCUUUGGAGAAGCAGACCGCACGUCCGGCCAGCUUCGUACCCCCACCACGCUCCCGAACGCAGGCAUCAGGGGGUUUUGUUAAAUCAUUUUUCACUGUAAUUCUAUUACAGUUGCCCCAGUUUUUCCCCCUUCGCCCUCCUCUGCCCAUCCCACCCCCCACUCCCACAGUCAGUUCUCGCCUUGUCCACGUCCCUGGGUCACCCAUACAUGCUCCUCGUCUAGUCCCUUCCCCUUCAGACGCAUAUCCUGUUGGUCUCUCCUCUGUGACCACACGCACUCGACUGGGUGUGGUCUCCCCGUCACACAACAGGCGCUCCUUCCCUCCACUCGCUCACUCUUCCCCUCAGUGCUCUGAGUGGGUCUGGACACCGAGGAAGUCCUCACCGCCCCCCACCACCAGCUCCCAGGCGCAGCUGGUGGUUACUGCAAAAGCAGCAGACUCCUCUGGCCCCCAACGGGCCCCACAGCCCUGAGGUGCCAUCUCCCAGGGUCUGCGCCGGAACAGCCUCCCGAGCUGACCCUCUGCUCUCAGCCCGAUGAACGCCUCCAAGCGGCCUCCCCUCUGGUGUGGACUCAUCCCCACCUGCUUCAGAGCCUCCAUCUCUGCCUUCCUGCUGCGUCGCGCCCUGAAGAGCCCCACCCCGCAGAAGGCUCCUGAGGCGCGAGCAUGGCAUCCAUCACGUCACAGAACCUGGCUGCAGCCCGUGAGGUCUGUGGCUUCUGGCAGGCAGCGGCUGAGCUCCGGCACCGGAUGCAGAAGACCCACAUGAUGUUGGGAGGCACCUGUGACCCCAGCCUGUCAGUGGUACAGACCCUGCAGCAGCAGCACGGGCUC